GAUUUUCGAACGGCUGAAGUUCAUCUACCAGCCUCUAUCGCUGCCCGCGCCUCUAGGCCUGGGCUCUGAGACGUUGCGCGGCUGGGGCGCCGCUCAGCCGCGGCAGGGCGGGAGCGGUGGCUUCGGGCCACCUUUCUCUUCGUGACAGGAUUUUACCUUGAAAUCUGUCCGGAAAGUAAGGGGAAGGAGUUGUGGCAGGCUGUCGGCUGAUAACGAUUCUUGAUAAAUAUUUGCCAGACUUCAAGAUUUCAGUAAAGAGGUGAAAGUGUAUAUUGCAACUUUGAGUCAACCCUGUAGGCAGGUGAACUGACGGACCAAUUAAACAACAGAAGGUCACCUGUUAAGAAAAGAGAUACAAAUACUCUUACAAGAGUGAUAAGUGGGGAGCAAUGUCGCGAGUUGAAACCUCUUAUUCCUAUGAUGCCCCCAUGGACUUCAUCAAUUUUACAUCUUUGGGUGAUGAGGAGGAUACUGAAAACAUAGAUUCAUGGUUUGAGGAGAAGGCCAAUUUGGAGAAUAAGUUUCUUGGGAAGAAUGGGAUAGCAGGGCUUUUUCAGGGCAAAACUCCUUUGAGAAAGGCUAAUCUUCAGCAAGCUCUUAUCACACCUUUGAGACCAGCUAACACUUAUUACAAAGAGGCAGAAAAGGAAAAUCUUGUGGAACAGUCCCUUUCAUCAAAUGCUUGUUCUUCCCUGCAAGUUGAAGGAGCCAUAUCAAGAAAAACUCCAGCCCAGCCACAGAGAAGAUCUGUUAGACUCUCUGCUCGGAAGGAUUUGGAACAGAAAGAAAAAGACCAUGUAAAAAUGAAAGCCAAGAGAUGUGCCACUCCUGUAGUCACUGAUGAAAUUCCACCCCUUAAAAAAAUGAAAGUUUCUAACAAGAAAAAGAAGCCAGAGGAAGAAGGCACUGCUCAUGAAGAUACUGCCGAAAAGAAUGGAUCUUCCCCAGAGAAAGCUAAGGACAGACAUACUGUGCCUCGUAUACUACCUGUAAGGCGAAAAGUUCUAAAAAGUACUGAGGAGCAAGAGUUGGAAAAGAGAAUGAAAAUGCAGCAGGAGGUGGUGGAGAUGCGGAAAAAGAAUGAAGAAUUCAAGAAACUUGCUCUUGCAGGAACAGGGCAACCUGUGAAGAAAUCAGUGAGCCAGGUAACCAAAUCAAUUGACUUCCACUUUCGCACAGAUGAGCGCAUUAAACAACAUCCUAAGAAUCAAGAGGAGUAUAAGGAAGUGAACUUUACAUCUGAACUUCGAAAGCAUCCUUCAUCUCCUGCCCCAGUGACUAAGGGAUGUACCAUUAUUAAGCCUUUCAACUUGUCCCAAGGAAAGAAAAGAACAUUUGAUGAAACAGCUUCUACAUACGUGCCCCUUGCACAGCAGGUCGAAGCCUUCCAUAAACGAACCCCUAACAGAUAUCAUUUGAGGAGCAAGAAGGAUGAUACUAGUCUGUUACCCUCCAAAUCUUCUGUGCCAAAGAUCUCUAGAGACCCACAGACUCCUGUACUGCAAACCAAACAGCGUGCAAGGCCUGUGACCUACAAAAGUGCAGCAGAGCAGGAGGCUGAGGAACUGGAGAAACUGCAACAAUACAAAUUCAAAGCACGGGAACUUGAUCCCAGAAUUCUUGAAGGUGGGCCCAUCUUGCCCAAGAAACCACCUGUGAAACCACCCACUCAGCCUAUUGGCUUUGAUUUGGAGAUUGAGAAAAGAAUCCAGGAUCGAGAGUCAAAGAAGAAAUCAGAAGAUGAACACUUUGAAUUUCAUUCGAGACCUUGCCCUACUAAGAUCUUGGAAGAUGUUGUGGGUGUUCCUGAAAAGAAGGUACUUCCAAUCACUGUCCCCAAGUCACCAGCCUUCGCAUUGAAGAAUAGAAUCCGAAUACCCACCAAAGGAGAUGAGGAAGAGGAUGAACCAGUAGUAAUAAAAGCUCAACCUGUACCACAUUAUGGGGUGCCUUUUAAGCCCCAAAAUGUAGAGGGAAGAACUGUGGAGAUGUGUCCUUUCUCCUUUGAUUCACGAGACAAAGAACGUCAGUUACAGAAGGAGAAGAAAAUAAAAGAACUGCAGAAAGGGGAGCUUUAUACAAGUCCUGCUUGUGUACCAAUAUACUCUCUGUUUCUGUACUCAGAGGGCCUUUCUGGUUCUCUAGUUCAGGAACCUUUUCAGUUGGCCACUGAGAGAAGAGCCAAGGAGCGGCAGGAGCUGGAGAAAAGAAUGGCUGAGAUUGAAGCCCAGAAAGCCCAGCAGUUGGAGGAGGCCAGGCAACAGGAGGAAGAGCAGAAGAAGGAGGAGUUAGCCAGGCUACGGAAAGAACUGGUGCAUAAGGCAAAUCCAGUACGGAAGUACCAGGGUGUGGAGGUAAAGUCAAGUGACCAGCCUCUGACUGUGCCUGUAUCUCCCAAGUUCUCCACUCGAUUCCACUGCUAAUCCUAGCUGUGAGCUGCAGACAGCACCUGGCAACAGGACUUGCUCUUACAUCAAACCAGGAGCCAUCUUUGUCACCAGGCAUGGAGAAAACCCAUUUCUCCAGACUUUCACCUAUCUGUGCCCAAGAAAGCAUACUUGACAACCAUGGACUCCAAUGUUAUUGCGAAUUAUUUUCUUACAUUAUUGAGGCUAAUCAUGAGACUCAACUCAUGUAUGUCUCGAUUAGACACCGCGUACUUAUUUCCUUUUAAGCUAUCAGUUGGCAUUUAAUAUGGGUCUUAACUCUGACUAGAAUUUAAAGUCUCGAUGUCAACACAGUGUAAUCUUGUUUCCCUUAUCCCCCUCCCUUUUGUAAAUUUUUAUUAGAAAAUAAAGAUAGUUAAAUCCUGA